AGAAACAGGAGCUUCCCAUGACAGCAAAGCCCAGCCCUGAAGAUGUAUUUUAGGUUUUCAGUGAUGGAAAAAGAGUAGAGUGCCUGGAACCCUUCCCUACACAGAGUACUGGACAGAAUGGCAGUCAAGGCUCCAUGGCUGGCUCUCUUGCUUCUGGUUUCCCUCUGGGAGCUGUCAGCUUCAGCCUUUCUUCUCAGGCGCCUGAGAGAACACAUUCAGAGGUUUCAGGAGAGCUCUAACCUCCAUCUGGGCUUUGGACAAAGCCAGGGUCUUGUGACUGUCCCCAGACAAGGGUGGUUAGAGCAGCCACUGGAUCCCUUCAACGCAUCUGACAGAAGAACCUUCCUGCAGAGGUACUGGGUGAAUGAUCAACACAGAGUUGGCCAAGAUGCACCAGUAUUUCUGCACAUAGGGGGUGAGGGCAGCCUUGGGCCUGGCUCAGUGAUGGCAGGGCAUCCUGCAGCACUGGCCCCUGCCUGGGGCGCCCUGGUGAUAAGCCUGGAACACAGAUUCUAUGGUCUGAGUGUGCCUGCUGGGGGCCUGGAUAUGGCCCAACUUCGCUACUUGUCCAGCCGCCAUGCGUUAGCUGACGUGGCCUCGGCCCGCCAGGCGCUCACCCGCCUCCUCAACGUGUCCGCCUCCAGCCCCUGGAUCUGCUUCGGAGGUUCCUACGCUGGCUCCCUGGCCACCUGGACCCGGUUGAAGUUCCCCCACCUAGUCUUCGCCGCCGUCGCCUCCUCCGCACCGCUGAGCGCCGUGCUGGACUUUCACGCCUACAACGAGGUGGUGGCCAGAAGCUUGACCCAAGUAGCGAUAGGUGGAUCGCUGGAGUGCCUGGCGGCGGCCUCCGCAGCCUUCGCGGAGGUGGAGCGACUUCUGCGCGCAGGCCCCGCAGCUCAGGCCGUGCUGAAGGAGGAGCUGGGCGCCUGCGGGUCGCUGGACCGUACUGAAGACCAGGGAGAGAUGCUGGGGGCGUUGCAGGCGCUGGUGGGAGGUACCGUGCAGUACAACGGCCAGGCGGGAACUCCGCUGAGCGUGCGCCAGCUCUGCGGACUCCUCCUCGGGGACUCCGGCAACCGCAGUCACUCCACGCCCUACCUCGGGCUUCGCCGGGCGGUGCAGAUAGUCUUGCGCAGCAUGGGCCAGAGGUGUUUAAGCUUUUCCCGGGCAGAGACAGUGGCCCAGCUGAGAACCACCGAACCUCAAGUGUCUGGCGUGGGGGACCGGCAGUGGUUGUACCAGACGUGCACUGAGUUCGGCUUCUAUGUCACCUGUGAGGGUCCUCCCUGCCCUUUUUCCCAGCUCCCAGCACUGCCCUCCCAGCUAGACCUGUGUGAACAAGUGUUUGGUCUCUCUGCUGCAUCUGUUGCCCAGGCUGUGGCCCAGACAAACUCCUAUUAUGGUGGCCAGACCCCCGGAGCCACCCAAGUCCUGUAUGUUAAUGGGGACACCGAUCCCUGGCAUGUGCUGAGUGUCACCCAGGACUUGGGACCCUCUGAGCCAGCCCUUCUAAUUCCUGGUGCCUCCCACUGCUUCGAUAUGGCACCUGUGAGGCCUUCAGACUCUCCCAGCCUCCGCCUGGGGCGCCAGAGAAUCUUCCAGCAGUUACAGGUCUGGCUUAAAGCCACAAAGAAGAACCAGGAUUGAUGUGGGAUCUAAACUCAGCCCUUCAGCAGUCCCGUUAUGGCAGUGGCCUCCUGGCAUUUUUCUUCACUGUGCGAAGGAAAGCAACUGGUUUGGAAGGAGGAAGUUCCUAGACUUGGGACGCAGUGCCUGUUCUGCGUGCCCAUGCUCCAGUCGUCCUCAUUGCCAACUAGAAGGUGGCACAGAUCCGUGUGAGUGUAGGCCAACGACUACUAUCCUUGUAGGCAUACAUAUUCCAUAUGGUAAAUGUCAGGGAAAUACGGCUGUCCAUGCUGGAGCCGCCUUCUCCAAGGUUGGAAUCUGACUUGGAUUCUGCCCUCUUGCUUCUGGUCUGGGCACCUCCUUCACAUGACUGUCCACUCCUAACUGUCUCUCCUGAGUCUUAGUCUGCGUGGUUAAUUGCUGUCAACCUAACUGAACUUGGAGUCACCAUGGAAACAACUCUGGACUGCGUUUGAGGACAUUUGCACCUAAGUGAUACUGAAGUAGUGGUAACAUCCCAUCCCUGAGGUCCCAGCUGAAUAAAAAGGGAAGAUGAGCGCCAGCAUUUAUCUCUGCUUUCUGAUGUGGCCAUGAUGUGACCAGUUGUCUCAUGCCCCUGCCACCAUACCUUUGCCACUAUGAUGGGCUGUAUCCCCUACUGUGAGCCAAAUCAAACCCUCCUUCCUUAAAUAUUUCUUAUUAGUUACUUGGUCACAGCAGUAGGAAAUGGAGCUAAUUCAGUCUGUUUCUGUCUCCCGAGUGUUUCUAUCUGGAGGAAAUGGCUGUAGAACCUUCACUCCCUCCCUCUCCCCACAAUCAGAUGUCACUCUUCAGCACUUCUAGGUUCCUGCCUGAAAUGUCUUGAGUGCUGGCUCGUCAUUCUGGUUUGGGGCAUAGUGCUGAAGCUAACCUCUUAGUCCAUACCACAGCUCGUUCCUCUCAGCAGUGGCCACUAUAAGUAGGAAGGAACAAGUCCAGGAGAAUGACAACCUCUAAGGGGCAGGUCGGAAAAGGAGGGAGGGCUAGAAAGAAAAGGUGUAACCAGAGGAUUAGUUCUGCUUACAGGCGCUUCUCUGGAUCCUGUAUUAUCCACAGUUCACCAGAUGUAACCACCACACUUCCAUUUAGAUAUUUAGCAUGUGUGCUGGCCUUACACAUGGUGUGUGUUUAUCGUCUGCUCAGGGGGUCACGCUGCACUCCCCAAAAAGAGAAUCAUGCCCUUCCUGCAGAAUCCACAUACUUUGGUUUUACCUCCUAUUCUGCUAGAUGAGCCUUUGAAUGAAUUUCUUCUGCAAAGUUCCUUUCAGUUUGACACCUGGAUGGGUUUGGUGUUGAUCUGUCCUCUCCCUUCAAGCAUUCUCAGAGAUUCUGGAGAGAACUCACCCUGGAGAGCGUUAAAGGAGCAGUGUCUUCGCAGUGAUAUUGUGGAUAUCACCAAAAGAAAAUACAAAUAAAAUUCUCAAGCAUAGCACUGUCAUUCUCCCAGUCUUGCAAAGAUAAAAAUUAAAUGAAACCACAUCAACUAAAAAAAACAAAAACAAACAAAAACAAACAAACAAACAAAAAAAACUCUCAGCUAAAACAAAAUUAAAAGGCCCCCCAGGGAUUGGGGGAGAGCAAAUACUAGGCAUGUUUUAGAUAAGGGGCUAAUAUAUAAAUACCAGGAACUCACACUCAAUAACAAAAAUAAUAGUAAAACAGGCAGAGCUGGGUGUGGUGGUGCACCGCUGCGAUUCCAGCACUCAGAAAGCCGGGGCAGAAGAAGAGUGAGUUGACCAUUGGCCUGGGAUGUACACUGCUGGUCUCCAUUGGUAGCCAGCUGGUUUGAAAGGAGCAAGUUGUCAUUAUUCUCAAAAUUCCUUAGUUUUCUCUUUGUUAUUUUCAAAAAUUAAUUUGCAAUCAUAGAAACCCAACUAAAUAUUUUCCAAAGGAAGCACCAGAGUGGUCAACAGGUCUAUGUAGCCAUUCUCACUGUCAUUAAUCACCAGAGAAAGCAAAGCAAAACCAGAAGAGGCAGCAGGCACACCUGCUGGAAUGGCCACUGUUACCAAAAGAACAAGAGAAGGCAAGUGUUAGUGAGGGUGUGGAGAAAAGUGGGCGCACAUUGUUGUGGGGAUUGUAAAUACUACAGAUGUAAUAGAAAACACUGUGAACAAACCAUCAAGCCUCAAACACUACUUUUUGGGUUUACCUAGAGAAAUUUGGGAGGAUGUCAUUUGUUCAUGGUGUCCUGCUGUGCACUUUCUGUAGCUUGGGAGACAAUGCACAGAACAACAAAAACUGUGCAUCCUAACAGAUAACAGAUAUCUACGAAUGUUGCCAGCUUGCCUAGCCAAGAACAAAAUGUAGAUGCCCAAGCCAUAGCUUAAUCAUCAAAGCACUCCUGCUGAAAAUCUGGUGUGAGGUUGAGGAUGGAGCCCCUUGCCACAAUGCCAGCUUAGCCUUUGGGAGAACCUGGGUCCCAUCGCCAACACUGCAGAAAGAACAUGGUAGAGUUGCGGGGAAGGGAUAUGUGGUGUGGACCACAUGGCGACCUUUGCUCCUCGACCAAGAGCCAGCAUUUCAACGUUUUAUACCACAGUUCUCCAGCACCCUUUUACUUCCAGUUCUUAAUGAUUCCCACUAUGUGUUAUAGGAGUUCCUUAUGUGCCUUUUCCUUUGGGAAAUUUAUUGCGGGCUUGAAAAUGAAAAGGCAACUUCUUUAAACAAAAUAAUUUUUUGGAAAAAAAUCCCCACCACUGUGGAACCAUAUAGCUAGAUGACUGCACACCGGAAUCCCGUUGUGUCCUCCUAAUUACAGUAAGACCAGGAAAGUUUAGAGAUCUACUAACUGGUAUGAGGAAGAAAAGUGUGCAGACCAGAUCCGGGGCCUGAGGCCAUUAAGGGGAAGAGUUCAGUUAACAAGUAGAAAUCAGAACGGUAUGGUGUACUGGAAAAAGAGUAAGACACCAGUACCUUUCCUUUUGGGAGCAUAUGAGGGAAACAGGCCCAGUAUAGUAAGACUAAGACAAAGGAACACAACUACAGAACAGCUCAAUGCAAACACUGCAUCGUGCCCCUCGAGGAAGGAAAAUUGCUCUUAAAUUGUAGUGGAGUGUGGUCCCCAGAGGAAGUCCUUUUCCCAAGGUCAGACAUUUGGAUGAGGCUCCAUUCCCUCAGGGCCCUGAGGAAAGUUCCUGCUUGCUAAAAACUGUGGUUCUCUUUAUCCCAGGCAGGAGGAACUUGUGGCCCUUGCAUUGAUGUAAGAGGGCUCCUGGUAGAGGUACUGAGCCUUUAAGAGCAAUAGACAUUUCCAUACUUGCUGAACUUAGCGCUUUUGUCUCAGGAAUCAUGUUAUGUAGUUAACGGCCACUUUUGUCCCUGAAUCAUUGAGCCUGCUUUCAAUCUUGCCUUGGCUAAACUAUUGAGUAUAAAAAGUCUCCCCCUUUAUCAGCAAACACUGGGGCAGCCAUCCCUAUUCACCUUCAAAUCAUUUCAGUCCUCAUCCCGUCCCUGCCCCCACCACUGUCUCCACGACUCCUAUGUGGGACCUGAAAUCCUCUGGAGCUGAUGUGGGCUCUGGCUUUGUUUUGUUUUGAACUCAGUAACUUGGAAUAUGUGCACUUAAGAAAGGGAAAACUAUAGAGCCAAGAGAUUUCAAGGGGGAGAGGGGAAGAGGGCAGAUGAUCACUGGAGAGAUGGACGAGAAAGGAGAAAGAGGACUACCAUGGAGGAAAGGAAGGGAUCAGAGAGCAAUGAGGAAGGGGUAAGAGCAUAUAAGAAUCUUAUGUAUGGAAAUUCCAUAACAAAAUGCAUUACUUUGCAUGCUAAGCUAAAAAAAUUAAUAAUAAUAAAAGUAAAAAAUAGGAAGAAAUAUAAAGAAUCAAAUUGUCUUG